AUGGAAGCAUGCAAUUGUGUCGAGCCACAAUGGCCAGCUGAUGAAUUGCUGAUGAAGUAUCAGUACAUUUCGGAUUUUUUUAUUGCACUUGCUUAUUUCUCCAUCCCUCUGGAGUUGAUCUACUUUGUCAAGAAAUCCGCAGUGUUUCCAUACAGAUGGGUCCUUGUUCAGUUUGGUGCUUUCAUUGUAUUGUGCGGAGCUACGCAUCUUAUCAACUUAUGGACUUUUAGCAUGCAUUCAAAAACUGUGGCCAUAGUAAUGACCACUGCAAAGGUUUUAACUGCUGUGGUGUCAUGUGCAACUGCCCUCAUGCUUGUACAUAUUAUUCCUGAUUUAUUGAGUGUUAAAACUAGGGAACUAUUCUUGAAGAACAAGGCUGCAGAGCUCGAUAGAGAAAUGGGUCUUAUUCGUACACAAGAGGAAACUGGUCGACAUGUCAGGAUGCUGACCCAUGAGAUCAGAAGCACUCUUGAUAGGCAUACUAUACUUAAAACCACACUUGUCGAAUUAGGUAGAACUUUGGCAUUGGAAGAGUGUGCCUUGUGGAUGCCGACACGUACUGGCUUAGAGCUUCAACUAUCCUAUACACUCCGUCAGCAGAAUCCAGUAGGAUAUACUGUACCCAUUCAUCUUCCUGUGAUCAAUCAAGUAUUUAGUAGCAACCGCGCUUUAAAAAUAUCUCCAAAUUCUCCAGUGGCAAGAAUGAGGCCACUUGCAGGAAAGCACAUGCCAGGGGAGGUGGUUGCUGUUCGUGUCCCUCUCCUCCAUCUCUCUAACUUCCAAAUUAAUGACUGGCCAGAGCUCUCAACGAAACGCUAUGCUUUGAUGGUCUUGAUGCUUCCCUCUGAUAGUGCAAGGCAAUGGCAUGUCCAUGAGUUGGAACUGGUUGAAGUAGUUGCUGAUCAGGUGGCAGUUGCUCUGUCACAUGCUGCAAUAUUAGAAGAGUCAAUGAGGGCAAGGGAUCUCCUUAUGGAGCAAAAUAUUGCACUUGAUCUGGCCAGGAGGGAAGCGGAAACUGCAAUUCGUGCUCGCAAUGAUUUCUUGGCUGUUAUGAACCAUGAGAUGAGAACUCCCAUGCAUGCAAUUAUUGCCCUUUCUUCCUUGCUGCAGGAAACUGAGUUGACACCUGAGCAGCGCCUGAUGGUGGAAACAAUCUUAAAGAGUAGUCACCUUUUGGCUACCCUCAUAAAUGAUGUAUUGGAUCUUUCAAGGCUUGAAGAUGGCAGCCUUCAGCUUGAGAUAGCAACUUUUAACCUCCACUCUGUAUUCAGAGAGGUUCAUAAUUUGAUUAAGCCUGUUGCAUCUGUCAAAAAGCUAUCGGUUUCAUUAAAUUUAGCCGCAGAUUUGCCAGUACAAGCCGUAGGUGACGAAAAGCGCCUCAUGCAAAUUGUUCUAAAUGUUGUUGGGAAUGCUGUGAAGUUCUCCAAAGAAGGGAGCAUCUCAAUCACAGCUUUUGUUGCAAAAUCAGAAUCUUUAAGAGAUUUCCGUGCUCCUGAGUUUUUUCCGGUGCAAAGUGAUAAUCACUUUUAUCUGCGUGUACAGGUAAAAGAUUCGGGAUCAGGAAUAAAUCAGCAGGAUAUUCCAAAGCUAUUUACCAAAUUUGCCCAAACUCAGUCAUUAGCUACUCGAAAUUCUGGUGGUAGCGGACUUGGCCUUGCAAUUUGUAAGAGGUUUGUAAAUCUUAUGGAGGGGCAUAUCUGGAUUGAAAGUGAAGGUCCUGGAAAGGGAUGCACUGCCAUUUUCAUUGUGAAACUUGGAUUUGCAGAGCGUUCAAAUGAAUCUAAGCUGCCUUUUGUGACUAAGGUGCAAGCAAAUCAUGUACAAACGAACUUUCCAGGGUUGAAAGUCCUUGUCAUGGAUGAUAACGGGGUCAGCAGGUCAGUGACAAAGGGACUCCUUGUGCACCUGGGAUGUGAUGUAACAACUGUAAGCUCAAUUGAUGAGUUCUUGCACGUUAUUUCGCAAGAGCACAAGGUGGUGUUUAUGGAUGUGUGCAUGCCUGGAAUUGAUGGUUACGAACUUGCUGCCCGGAUACAUGAAAAGUUUACAAAACGUCAUGAACGGCCAGUAUUAGUAGCACUUACUGGAAAUAUAGACAAGAUGACAAAGGAGAACUGCAUGAGGGUUGGUAUGGAUGGAGUUAUACUGAAACCUGUCUCAGUUGAUAAAAUGAGGAGUGUUUUAUCGGAACUGUUGGAGCAUCGAGUUUUAUUUGAGGCUAUGUAA